AUGAUCAAGGAAGUAGCCCGCUCCGACAGAACAGACUUUGACAUUUCAGACCUCUCUUCCUGGUUGCCUUCGUGGUCGUAUGCCGUGAUCCGCCUGAAGACAGGAUUGCUAGACAGGUGCAUGUCGGAAGAACGGGUCGCACGACGCCUUAUCAACCAGUUCAUAGUGCUCGGCACCGCCGCGGAUCAUCUGGGUGCUGUGGAUGUUGCCCAGGCUGAGUUCAUCGUGAUCACCAAAGAGGCUUGGUGGUUCUACUUCUAUCCUUUCCGUGCCAGAAAGGAUGCAGAAAAUGCCAUGAAAGCCUGGCGGUUUUCAGCAAGCAUCCUUUUCAAGGUGGAUCUUGAAGAAGCUUGCUUGAGGUCAAGUGCUGGCAUGGGUAUUUCUGGUCGUGCCGAGUGA